AUGGAUAAGAUCAGCUCGGUGUUUGGCGGCUCGACAGGCGCUGGAGGUGAAAACUCCGACACUAGCCCCAUCACAGAAAUCACUGGCGGCGAGAACUCCUCCAUGUGUCCCUCGAUGGGCUUCAAGGACAGGAUGAUUGCCUUUGGAGUUUGCACUGGGGUCGGAAUCAUGUUCUCCAUCGGCGGAACUAUCAACUUGUUCUUCAUGAAUUACGCAGGAUUCGCCGCUCUCUACUCUUUGGGCACCAUCAUUUCGCUUCUCGGUACUGGCUUCCUCCGCGGCCCGGUGAAGCAAAUCAAAGCGCUCACGGAUCCGAAACGAGCCAUCGCAGUCGCCGUUCUCUUUAUUUCAAUCAUCCUGACACUGGUCAUUGCGCUCAACGACAACAUUGCCAAUCCGGGCAAAGGAAUCCUCUGUAUUAUCUUCGUCGCGAUGCAAUUCCUGGCCUACGUCUGGUACUGCCUCAGCUAUAUUCCUUAUGGACGGGAGACGAUCAUGGGCUGUUGCAAGUCCAUUUGCUGA